AGCAAAAUUUGGGAUCAUUGGAUCCAAUUAGAAGCUUUGAUGUCCUCAAAUGAAUCUUUUCACUCUAAUUCCUUUGAUGAAAAUUCCAGUGAUAUAAAGGAUUCUAUUUCUUCACCAACAAGUACACAAACUCAAAAAAAUAUAAAUAAUCCUCAUCCACCCGUAAAAUGUAAAUACUGCCCUAAAAAAUAUAAGUGCGGACUUGCAACUCGUAUGCAAAAGCAUACUAAUAGUUGUGUAAAUGCAUCUGAAUUAGCUAAAACUACUAAAAAAGCUAAUUCUCAGCAAGUAAAUCAGGUUAAUAAUCUUAAAUUAAAAACUAAGCAAGCUAUUAUGAAUAAUUAUGUCAAUAUUGACAAAAUGGAUCAUAAUGAAUUAUUAGACUUAGAAUAUAAAUUUGCAAAAGCAGUUUUUGCUUCUAAAAUUCCUUUUAAUGCAUUUCAAAAUCUAUUUUGGACAGAAUUUUUUUACACUCUUCGACCAUCUUUUAAAAUUCCUAAUAAUAUAAAGUUAUCUGAAGAUAAUUAUAAUAAGGAAAUUGCACUUAUUCUUCCAUCACUUACAAGAUGGGGCACACAUUUAGAUUGUAUAAACUCUCUUAUGAAAUCACAAACAGCAAUUCAGCAAAUGCUUUUCGAUCCAAGUACAGCAACCUUAGAUUUAGAAAUUAAAACAUGA